CAUUGGAAUCGAACCAGCGCCGACCGCGAUAAUUUUAUACGGACCGCAAGCUGCACUGCUGCACGUACCAAGCAGCGCGCAACCUCUCAGCACCUUCAGUGUGCCAUAGAAAGCGUCAGCGCGUCAAACGACACGGUACACGCGACAAAGGACGUCAAAAGGCGCCAUCUCGCAUCUUAGCCGGUAAACGUCCACCACGACGUCCGUGCUAGAAAAAGCAAAUCAGCUCAUCCGAAAAGCGGAAGAGCUCAAGGCCAGGAUGUCGGAGACGAUGAGAUAUCGUUCCGACUCCGUUGUCAGCAUCGAUGAACCCGCGCUCCAGCUUGGUCUCAAUGGAGAAGCGGUGAUGGAAGAGGCCGUCCUCGAGAUGUUGCAGACGAACAACGUCGAGGAGCUAAGAAAGGUCGACGCCGACGCCCUCGCGUUGGCGACGACCGCGAAGACCUACGCGCUCCACGAGGCCUGCGAGGCCGGUUCUAUGGACGUGGUAAGAUUCCUCCUCGAGGAGGCCGAGCACGAUAUUGAUAUUCGCGACGCCCAGCAGUGGACGCCGCUCCACUACGCGGCGGCGUUCCAGGGCGACAAGCCUGAAUUAGUUCACUACCUCCUGUCGAAGGGCGCCGACGCGGCCCACGAAGACGAAGACGGCGACACGGCCUUGGACGCUCAUUUGGACGAGUCCGACGCGGACACGGUCGUCGCCGACCUCCUCAAGAAGGUCGAGGAGCACGACGGCUACGAGCACUGGGCCCGCGCGCACGCGCGCGCGCCCGGUUUGUACGGCGAGCUCGUCAAGGCCGAGCGCCCCAAGUACGUCGAGGCGGAAGUGCGCCUCGCGUUCGGCGUCCUGCACGCCCAGGCCAACACCCAUUACGACCGCAUCAAGGAGUCGGGCGUGUCGGCGGAGGCCUUCAUCCUCGGCGCGCACGGCGGCCACGUCUGCUUCGACCACGUCCUCACGUUCAUGGCUUAA